AUGUUGCAUGCACACGUGUUCCCUCGCCAGAGUCCGUGUGGCGUCCCCCCUUUCCCAUGUAUCCCCCAUAGCCCCACGGUACCCAAUGGGUGCUUAGGCCUUAGGCCUUCGUGGAAGCUGGAGUAUAUAAAAAAAAAAAAAUUCUCUUUUCCUAUCUCUCACAUUUUUUAAAUCCACCAAAUUUGCAUAUGUAAUUUA